AUGUCGAAUCCUCUCGAUACAUCAUCACCAGCAGCAGAGGCUGCUGCAAGGAGCCGAGCAAACACAGCGAACAGCCUCUCGCCAGCUGCCUACGCCACCUCGAACCUCUCGGCUGCCGGAAGCUCUGUCGUAUCGAAUGGUAGUCUUCUAGACCUCUACGCUCGCUCACCUGGCUCCUUUCCGGGAUCGAUGGACGCGCCUCAUCUGGCCGCUGCAGGGUUUUCUGCUGCAUCAGGUCCGUCAUCCAUGAUGCACGAUAUGGACCGGGCUCUGCCACUUCCAGCAACGACACGAGGAUUCCAGACUCCAGACCGCGACCUGGCAGCGCUCACCGCUAGCCAUUCAAUCCCAGCGAGCGUCAGCAAUGCUUCCAUCUGGAGUGAGGCGUCAGCCUCUUCGACCGGGCAUCCACCACAAAGCAAACGUGCGUCCAUGGCUGGAUUUGAUGCGGACGCAAUUCGCAGCAUUCAGCCUGCGCUUGAAGCCCAUGCCUCGGAAGGAGCCUCGUCGGAUUCGCGGCCCGCACCCACCACCGGAGCGGGUACGGCGCAGGACGACAGCGAUGGCUCGGACUACGGAGACGAAGAGAUGCCCGGCGCUUUCGGUCAAGACUCGUUCGACCGUUCUGCUUCUGCAGACCGCACAAUCCAAUCGCCGGGCCAUCGACUCCAUCGUUCUGGAGAAGACAUCUAUUCCAAUGCGCUGCCUUCGCCUCCCGUCCCCAUGCGCACCAGCAGCGUGCUACGCGAAGGCUCGAAUGGCUCUCCAAGCUCGCUCAAUGCCGAGCCUGCUGCUCGUACAGAUUCACCCUCGAUGCGGCACGCCGCCUCGCGUUCGGGUUCUGGCCAAUAUAGUUUGGACGGAGGCUCCCAAAUUCGACGACUUGCCGAGCCCGGACCUGACCUCUCUCAAGGCCACGGAUCGAGGAGAACGCAGUUGUCGCAAGAGCUCGCGCCGAGCCCUCUUCUGCCUAGUCCUCCCAGCAAGCAAGCGUCUCUCGCUCCAAGCAAUGGCCCAGCUGCAUCCGCAGGCACGUCGCCCGACCACGCCAAAGCAGGAAGCGGGUCGUCGCACGAGCUGAGCCUGGCCGAGCAAAAGAGGCUCGAGAGCGAGCUGCUCGCCGAGGCCGACGAAGCUCGACCGAGAACGCUCAAGGAAGCGCGAGAGCGAGCCAGACUGCGCAAGCAGCAGACCGAGACGACAUCCUCCCCACCAGCAACCGCCAAUGCCAACACGCAAUCUGCCGCGGACACCCCGAGCCCGCGCAAGGGCGCGUCCCUUCACAUCCGCGAUGUGGCCGCCUCGACCGCCGCCGCCGCGCUCGCAGAUGAAGCCGGUCCACGCAGCAGCAUCGAAUCGCGCGAUCGGCCCGUGCGCAAUCCCAAGCGUAUCUCCAAUCUGGACAGCACCUUGGCUGCGGAUCACCGCUCGAUCUCGGAGCGUUCUAACCCCUCGGACUAUUCGGGCGACUCGGGCGUCGAAGGUGCGUUCUCGUUCGACGAUCCGGUCGGAUCGUCUAGCCAGCUGCUGACUUUGCCCGCAGGCGCAGACCCGCAAGCCACCAGCAUGGACGACCUCACCGACGCAGUCAACAGUGCUAUGAACGACCUCAGUUUCGGCGAUGAUACGCUCUCUGCGGAAGACGAGUUCGCGACACCCUUGGCACCUGUGCAGCAGGAGACGCGGCAGCUGCCGCCGACGCUGCCUUCGGCACGCAGCUUGGCGAGCGUCACGGGCGCCGGCGUGUCUUCGCCGUUGGCGUCUCCGAACAAGUUCGCUGCUCAGACGCCAAGGUCCCACGUCUUCCCGCCGAGCGUGUCGAAGCAGUCGCUGGUGCCAACACCGCUCGCCUCUCCGGUCCAGCAGCGCGUGAUCCAGCCUUCGGUGCCGGAUCAUAUUGACAUUUAUGGCAAAACGGUGCCUAUGCCGAAAGCCUUUGCCAGCAAAGCCAUCACUGUUGACAAACGACGCCUGUCGUCCUGGGAACGAGCACGCACCUAUGCGCAGUACACCAACGAGCUGCUUCAUCUCGAAACAGGUCUUCAUCUGUGGAUGGAGGUGGUGCAACGACCGGCGGCGCGUCAGGCCAAUCGUGGUAAGCCGACCGAUGACUGGCUCGCGUCCGGCACCAUCCGCUCGCACGUCCGCAACGAAGGUUCGUACGCCGACUCCAUCCGAUCCGAUAUGACCUUCCCCAUGCGGGGUGACGGCGCGAAGGCCAAAGAGAUCGUCUCAGUCCUCCCGACCAUGGAAGAAUCGCCCGUUCGUCCGCCUGUCCACCUUCCCUACCCGGGCGUGGCGCAGCAGCAGAUGCAGCCGCCCCCUCCCCCACGAUCGCAGUCCUUCACAUCGGCGCUGGGGACCACGUCGCAGGAUUCCCUGCCCGGCACGGUGGCGCGCAGCGCGGGGAAUCGGUUCUUUAGCAACCUGGGGCGGAAGAAUUCCAAACGCGCUCCGGUAGCCGCCCCGGGUGCGACGGGGAUGGUGGCGUCGACGUCGUACUCGUCGCUUGCGUCGGCGGUGGGUGGAUCGCGGGCGUACUUGGCGAACAAUCGACGGACGUCUUCGCCCGGAGCCGGGGCGGUUGUGGCGCCCGGGUUGGUGUCGAGGAACAGUGGGUCGUCGGCGGGCUUCACGGCGGAUAGCUAUGAGACGACCCAGUCGAGACCGGAGAGUCCGGCGAGAGGACGACGGUUGAGCGGGUUAGGAUUGGGAGAGGUGGUCCCUAACCCGCUGGCGGGAGCAGCUGGGAGACUGGAUACGGUACAGGAGCGACGUGUUUCGCCGGGCAGCACACCACUUGCUUCUGCGACUACAACUGGAGGUCUUCGAGCCCCACUCGGUCCACGAGCACCAGGCGCACGAAGUCCACAUGAUAUGAACCGAACCAACUCCUCCUCAUCCACCCCAAUUACGCCGAUCACGCCGAUUACGCCGAUAGCAGGCGGCUUUGGGACAGGACCUACCUUCGUCUCGCGUCUAGGCUCGGGUGGGUCGUUCAGCGGUCCAUCGCCCAAUCCACCCCCGAGAUCCCCUCGCGACGGCUAUUCUUCACCGGAGUUCCUGGCGCCGAGACGAACAAGCGAUCUGUCCAGCACACCAUCGAGCAAUUCGGCACACGAUUCGCCCCGGGUGCGCACCUCGCUGUCGUACGGCUCGGUAAGGGAUCGCAUACGACGCGGAAGCAAUACGGACACCCCGGAUGACGAGGCAUUCCUCACAGCGCUGGUCAAGCUAGGAGAUAUCUUGCCGGAUGCAGAUGAAAGAACGUUGAGACACUAUCUCAAGAAGGCGAAAGGGGACGAUCUGACGGCUAUCGGGGACUAUCUGCACGAUCAGAGCUUGGGCAAGCUACCUAAAUUCUAG